UUACUAUGGAAUCGACAACAGAUCAAUGCCAGACGCCUAGCCUGGCUGGAUUCAAGGGCAGAAAACCCUCCUCCUUUCGUCUCCGAAGCUCCAGCCUCAACACCCUGAGGCUUCGCCGUAUAUUCGAUUUAUUCGACAAGAACAACGACGGAAUGAUCACCACCGACGAGCUCAGCCAGGCCCUCCAACGCCUCAGCUACGACGCCGACAUGGACGAAUUAGCCACCGUCGUCAAUUCCCACAUCCGCCCAGGAAAUAUCGGCCUUGAGUUCGAAGACUUCGUAUCUCUUCACAGUUCCCUCAAUGACACUUUCGUCGGCCUAGAAGGGGAUGAAGAAGAAGAGGAGGAUUUGGAAGAAGGGGAGUCACAAGAGGAUGUUGAUCUCAAAGAGGCAUUUAAGGUAUUUGACGAAAAUGGAGAUGGAUACAUAUCCGCCAAUGAAUUGCAAACCGUCUUAGUCAAGUUGGGUUUCGCCGAAGGAAGCGAGAUCGAUCAUUGCCGGAAAAUGAUACUAUCUGUCGAUCGCAAUCACGACGGUCGCGUCGAGUUCUGCGAGUUCAAGGAAAUGAUGCGGAAGACCGUUCUCGUUCACUCGUCUUAA